AUGGCAUCCCUCCGACUUCAGGGGUUUCAAUACCUUCUCCGGGGCAAGUCCCACUUGCUGCGCAAUCAACAGCGACGAUGGGCCCAGGUCCAUGAUGUCCGCUUCCUUGCCUCCCACCACGACCCUAACAAUGUCCUAGACAAGUACCGGGCCAAGCUGGACCAGAAGGCCAAGCAAGAGGGACACGAGUCGAUCGAGUCCCUAAAAGAAGCCUACAGCGACAAGAUCCAGGACCUCCGCCACAAAGCCUCCACCGUCAUCAGCCCGGAGCCUGACACUCCUACACCCGGCAACGCUGUUCCCGGAACACAAAACCCCUUCCAGGCACCGCCUCCGCCGAGCCAAUCGCCCACCGCACAGGCCGCGCGCGCUGCAACCUCCGGCAGCUCCAGCGGCAUCAAGCCACUGAACUCGUUCGUAGACGUUGAGAAGAUCCGCGAUCUCCCACCCAAGGAGAUCGAAGCACUCUGGCGACUUCGACAUGCCAACAACUCACACUCGAUCUGCGCCGUCAUCCCUGUCGAGACAUACCACCGCAUCGCCGAGGCCGCCCGCCACAACCCGCAAUUCAUCCUGCCUCUGCCGCGCGCACAGAGCCCAGAAGAACAGCAAAAUGAACAAGCUCAACAAAACGCUGACGGUAGCGAGGCCCAGGCCACAGCUGCGGAAAUCCACUUCCUGCAGUGGGCGUUCCACCCUCCCGCUGAGGGCUCCGCGCAGCCCGCCAACUCCCACACCUCCACUGUCAUCUUCACUAACCUCGGCGCGUACAAGAUCCAUGGUGCUUACGCCCAACCGCACACUACUGUCACGCACCACCUCGACUUGGCCGCUGACAAGGGCCUCGUCCUCAUGCACGGCCAGGUCGUUCCCAACGCGGGUGUUUCCACCUCCCAAGCGACCUGGCUUGUUAGCUGUGUGCAGCGGUUUUAUGACUUUGAAGGCCAGGCCAAUGGUCGCAAGGGCGAGUUGCUGCGCAUGUUUACUCGGGGAGAUGUUCAGAACUUUAAGGUUGAGGAGUUGAUGGAGGAGACGGAGAGAAUUCAGUAG